AGAGAAAAAGAGAUGAUUCCUCCAAAUCCAACAAGCCUGGGGAGCACUGCAUUUUUGAAUCCUGCAUUUUCUCUCAAAAUGAUGGUGUGGGCACUUCUGUUCCUCUCUCUCAUCCAGUGUUCCACCCAAAAGGGAGAUGAUGAUUAUGAAGAUUACACUUCAAAUAAGACCUGGGUUUUGACUCCCAAAGUUCAUGAGAGUGAUGUCACUCUUAUUUUAAAUGGCUUGCUGGAAGGAUAUGACAACAAGUUAAGACCCGACAUAGGAGUUAAACCAACAGUAAUACACACUGACAUGUACGUAAAUAGCAUUGGACCUGUGAAUGCUAUCAAUAUGGAAUAUACAAUUGAUAUAUUUUUCGCCCAAACGUGGUAUGACAGACGUCUGAAGUUCAACAGCACUAUAAAAGUGCUCAGAUUAAACAGCAACAUGGUUGGGAAGAUCUGGAUACCAGAUACAUUCUUCCGAAAUUCCAAGAAAGCUGAUGCUCAUUGGAUAACAACUCCUAAUAGGAUGCUCAGAAUCUGGAAUGACGGCAGAGUGUUGUACACAUUGAGGCUGACAAUUGAUGCUGAGUGUCAGCUACAGUUACACAACUUCCCAAUGGAUGCCCAUUCCUGCCCCCUGGAAUUUUCAAGCUAUGGCUACCCAAGAGAAGAGAUCAUUUACCAGUGGAAGCGCAGCUCAGUGGAGGUGGGGGACACCAGGUCCUGGAGGCUUUACCAGUUCUCCUUUACAGGAUUAAGAAAUACAACUGAGGUGGUGAAGACUACUUCAGGAGACUAUGUAGUCAUGUCUGUUUACUUUAACCUGAGCAGGAGAAUGGGUUAUUUCACUAUUCAGACCUACAUUCCGUGCACACUCAUUGUUGUGUUGUCCUGGGUCUCAUUCUGGAUUAAUAAGGAUGCAGUUCCAGCCAGAACAUCACUGGGUAUUACAACUGUCCUGACAAUGACCACGCUAAGUACAAUUGCUCGUAAAUCUCUUCCCAAAGUCUCCUAUGUGACAGCAAUGGAUCUUUUUGUGUCAGUCUGCUUUAUUUUUGUUUUCUCUGCACUGGUGGAAUAUGGAACUUUGCACUAUUUUGUCAGCAACAGAAAGCCAAGCAAGGAUAAAGACAAAAAGAAGAAAAAUCCACUUCUUCGGAUGUUUUCCUUCAAGGCACCUACAAUUGACAUCCGGCCUCGAUCAGCUACUAUUCAAAUGAACAAUGCUACACACCUCCAAGAAAGGGAUGAAGAAUAUGGGUAUGAGUGUCUUGAUGGCAAGGACUGUGCCAGUUUUUUUUGCUGCUUUGAGGAUUGUCGAACGGGAGCAUGGAGGCAUGGAAGAAUACAUAUCCGCAUUGCCAAAAUGGACUCCUAUGCCCGCAUCUUCUUCCCAACUGCCUUCUGUUUGUUUAACCUGGUGUAUUGGGUAUCAUAUCUUUACCUUUAAAAGCAGAACGAAAUCAGUGAUAUGAGCCUUACUCACUGAAUUUCUUAGAGAGAUGGUUUCCUAAGUCCACUUGAAGUAUUUAUGAUGCGCUUUAUAGUGGUCUGAAUUCUCUAGUGCCAUAACCCAGUAAAUAUCAAUCAUAUCAUUUGUCCAGAAAUUGUCAUCAGGUUAUUGUGAAUUAAAUGUCCAUUCAAAAUGCCAAAAUAAUUUGAAAUAAAAAUCAUAUAAACAGGUAAUACACAGCUAUACCUGCUGGAAUAGAGAGAAACAGAGCAGUCAGGGCUAGGGGAGCAUGGCAACAUCACUUGAUAGUUGGUACUGCUACUUAACACAGGAGUGAGGGAGAGGAGAAUUCCCAGGUAAAGUGCUGUUCAGUUUGUUAACAUUGGCUAUAAUUAUGCUAUAGCUUUAUUCUCUGUGGGCUUUUCUUUUUGGAAGAGUCAUCUCUCACUUUGAAUAGGUAUUAUUAAGCUAAGAAAGUAACUUUACUCCCACCAAGAUAAAAAUAGACCUUUCUCUUUGCCAUCCCUUUAAGAGCACAUGUACAAUGCUGUAAAUAUUUCAAUACAUUGUAGUACAUAAAGUCUAGUGCAUGCAUCCUCUGGGGGCCAAAACAAAUGAAACAAAGGUACCAUAAAGUUUUGUCUUUUAUUUUGUGUCUCUGGAUGUGCUAUUGUAAUUGAAAUGUGGACAUUUUUUUUCCUUGAAAAAUGACCCCUUUUCCUCAUGCAUGGAAGAUCCAAGCAGACAGCACUUUCAUGUAAGACAUUAGAGAAGCCUUAAGGAUUCAAAUAAAUAACAUGUAGACAAAUCUGUAUGGCCAAUAUAAUAGCUCAUAAAGUAUACUGUAUGUGUCUGCUGCAGUUGUAGCCUUCAUUUUCCAUUGAUAAUGUUACUAUAUUUCAACUGAAUUUCCAGUAAUUAUACAUUGCAAGAUCAGCUUCUGAAUUUAAUCCACAUGCUUCUAUUGUUCUUUUCCCAUGUUGAGCUCUACUUUUUUCCUUACACAAGUGUUUGUGGAGGGUUUUUAAUUCUUUAAUC